UUGAGUUUUCCUACAUCGAUCCAAGAGAAAUUUUGGGUUUUGUUAGAUGUACAGAAACAGGAAAGGACAUGCCAUUAUUGCACCAGUGGGUCAGUUGCUGGAAGAUUUCAAAAUAUGCUCCAUUUCUCCAACCGAAAGGAUUCUGAAGCGAGAAGAAACUGAUUAUGAUCUAAACCAGGAACCACAGUCAAGUGCACUCUUGCUUAGUGAUGAUGUGUCAAAUGAAGAAGAAAAUUUUGCUGAUCUAUCUUUCUCCUUUAGCACGCCUCUAAUGUCCAUUAUUCAACGUGAGAAUAGCAAAGAGAUAAUGCGUUUUUCGUCAUCCACUGCAGCUGCUAAUCAUUCCGUUGAUUCUAGUUCUACGCCGUCUUUUGCAAACAAUUACAUAAACUUAGACCUAACAAUCUGAAUAUGUGUAUUAAUUCUUUUUAUUUACUUACACGUGCGUAACACUAGUUUUAAUUACAUGUUAGCUUUUUAGGCAAGGACUUACAAUUAGUAGUUAGUUAAUUAUUGUAUUCUUUAUUACAGUGUUAGGCUUGUUAGGCGUAAUAAAAGGUUCUCUUUCUUUUUCUGUAACAA